GUCGUCGGGAACCCUCGUUUUUUUUCCCUUUCUCCGCGCGCCACGCACGAUCUCUCUCCGUUCCUCCCCGCCGUAGGGCGGUGGCGGUUGAACCACCCCUUGAGGUGUAUGAACAACGCCGCCCCCGGAGGCCGCUGUUCGGGCGGGGGGGCGCUUUCCCUCCAGCCUCAGCCCCCGUGGGGCGGCCCAGGCUCGCAGCACGGAGCUUCUCUCAGCUUCGCUCCGGUCUUUCGGCGCCUCGCUUCUCUCCCUACUGCUGCCCGGCAGGGAACGGAGGGAGAGGAGCGUGCCGGGCGGUGCGGCGGCUCCUCUUCGGCAUGUCAGCGGCUGCCCCGCAGCCACCAUCUCGGGGCGCGGAGAAGAGGAACGGUGAGGCCUGGUUACUGGAAGAGAACCACCGGGAGCCGUUCCUGCUUCCUUCCGGCCAAGUAACUGAAACUUCCCGGGAAAGUGGCUUCGACGAGGAUUUGCAAUCGCAACGGCAGCAAGAGGACGGGGAGGGAAACGACAAGUGGCAACUACGGGGGAGGCCGCCGCCGUGUCAUGUGGUCGAGGCACCGCCGCCUAAAGAGAAUCCCUGGACGCGUUGGAAGCCUCCCCCCAACUCCAGUAGUAGUUUAUCUCCUCCCAACGCUUCGUCGGGCGGCGAGUUAACUUCGCAGGAUCCGGAGCUGCAGUGUUCUACUAAAGUCAUAAAAGCAGGAAAGUUGAAGAUAAAGAAACCCAGUAAGGGAGAUUAUUUCAAUGAUGCAACAAACUGGCCAACACCAAGUGAAAUUGCAAGCUCUGGG